AUGAGAGUGGUGCAGACCCAGAAUUAUUCCCAAUGGGGAAACCCUGGAGGAGGAGCUUCGAAUAGAGGAUAUGGAACAGCACAACAACGACCCGCUUCAAGUGUUGGCCGACUACCGGUCGCCCCACCAACUGCUAGGAGUGCAAACACCAUGAGUCCAACAAGAGUGACAAUUGCCAGCGCUAACAUCAACAACAGAAAGUUUGAUAUUCCACCAGUUAAUCGUAUGCGUCCACCUCAGCCCAGAGUGGAAAGUAGACAAGUUCCUGUUUCGCCACCCCGCCGAGGAGUGCCCCCGGCGAAACAAGGUUCUGUGAUUGAUCUCACUGAUAUGGAUGAACGCGAUAUUGAUAACAUGCAGUCCAAAAGAACCGCACCAAUGAUCACCGCACCCAGGACCAGUGCACUCAAGAUGAAUCGUCCUAUGAUCAGUCCACCCAAGAUGAAUCGUCCGAUGAUCAAUCCUCCCAAGAGAUAUCAGCUUCCAGUACAUUCGGCUGUAAAGCAACAGCAGAAGCCUCACAUUCCCAAAGUGAUGCCUGAACAGGGCCGCAAGCCUCGAGUCAUGUCUCAUCAUUCAGAAGCUCAACGCCUUCCUGUUGCUGCUGCUUCUAAGAAUACUCCCGAUUCCAAGAUUACUCGGGAGUCGCCCAAGGGCCCCGAGAACCCACGGAGCCCUAUGGCCAAGGCCAAUGAUGGACAAGCUUCGACUCAAGGAAAAGCUUCGGCUACCACGAACUCAGCUUCACAACGCCUUGCCGUUGCUUCGGCUUCGAGAAACGCACACAACAGCCGUUCUGUCGGACAAGAGUCAAGGAAAGAAACAAAGCGAGCAGCACCAACUGAGAAUCGUGCAAUGUCGAUUUCCGAACGUUUGCGUGCCGUGAAUGAAUCACGACCAGGCUUUGGACAAAAGGACACGGGAGCGCAUACUGAUCUGAAUAAGAAAGAGAUCAUCGAUGUUUCUCUUCCUCAGCCACCACAACAAGCGAAAAAGGAAGUUCAGCCUUCUUUCGAUAGCGCAUACACUAGCGCUUAUAGCGCAUACACUUCUUGUACGGAGUACACCAACCACACUGAACCGAGCAUGGAUAGUGACAUUACGCCCUUCGAUACCGAGAAAGCUCCCAGAACUCGAGAUUACGGUGUGGAAAACCAUUUGAUUCAGCAGACUAGGGGCAAGCUUGCCGCUGAGUCAAUUGACGAAUUCGACACCAAGGCUUGCCUUAUUGCAACAAAGGAGUUGACCGAGUUGUUGGCUAACGACGUCAAGGAGGUAGCUGAUUUUGCACAAAGCACUUUCACUGGCGAGAACCAAAAAACGGAUACAUUUUCCGUUGAUACACCUCCUGAAGCAAAGACAGAAACCAAGGCAGAAUCCAAGACCGAAGUCAAGGCUGAUUCAAACGAAAAGUCGGUCAAUACAGCCCAGAAAGAAACCGAUCCAGCCAAGGUCUGUCUUCUAGAAACACAAGACUGUAUGACAAGCUUUCAGGAAGAUGUGACCUUUGUUGCAGGACUCGGAAUCUCCAAGAUUCAGGAAGCCUGUCUACCUGAUGGAGAUGACGAGCCCACUUCCAUCGCUGCUGCUGAUGGAGCCCAGAGCAAAGCUGCUGCUGAUGGAGCCCAGAACAAAGCUAUUGCUGCCAAACAAACCGACGAAUCCGGUUGCGUCGAUGAGACCGCGGAUUGCAUGCAAAGCUUCAGGGAGGAUGUAUCGUACGUAGCUGGUAUGGGGGCCAGCACCGUAAUGGGCAAAUCAAGAGGAACCUCGACCGUUGGAGGUACUUCGGGUCAAAAAAUGAUUGGAACGCGCGCCAAAGAUGAUGACAGCGACAUUUUUGCAUCGACUGCGGACUGCUUUGUGCAGCUCAAGGAGGACAUUCGAUUUGGUGUCGCCCAAAUGAAGGGUAUGAAGCUAUCAGAGCUUGAAGUCCGAGGCUUGGUAGUGUCGAUUGCUCAAGGUUUGAAUGAGCCCAUUUUCCUACCAGAAGGCGACACUGGAUCCGUGCUCACGGAUGAUUUCCGAUCCUCGGCGGCUUCUGUGAAUGAUUUGGAUUCUCUUGAUGACUCACAAGAUCGCAGCACAGCCGAUAGCGCUCCAAGCAUUGGUGUCAUAUCAGCAGAUCAAUUAGUCGGUGAAUCUGUUCUGGAUAGCAUCAAGAGACAGCUACGCGAAGCAUCAUUGAGUGAAGAAUUUAAUGACCCAGUCAUUGAAGAGCUCAAAAAGGUGGAUCCGCCGGGUGAUGACGACGAAGAAGCAGAUGAAGAUGACUAUGCCAUUGCUCCAACUAAAAGUGCGAAUGGAAGGGCUGACCCACCUGCUGCUGUCAAAUCAUUCGAUAAGCCAUCAUCAUCAUCGAUAGCGGCUACGCUUGAUGAAGACGACGUUUACGCAGAAGAAACUGAGGAGGUGGUGUCAAUGGAAGAGACGAUUGAAGAAGAAGUGCUAGAGGAUGAGGAAACGGUAGAAGAAGAGAUUGAAGAACAGAGUGAAAGUUCCUCUACAUUGGAACGACCUGAUGACGAAGUGACGAAUGAAAACAAUGAGGACAAUGAAGAUAAUGAGGAGGAACAGGAAGAGAACUUGACGGUUGAAACAGAGUUGGAAACUGUGCAUACGGCUACCACGAGUACUAACCGCGAGGACGCAUCGGAAACUCUGUCAAAGACUGACGAUGUCCCAUUCCCUACCCUCCUGCAUGACGAAAUUUAA